AUCACCAUGAAGUUCCAGAAGCAAAAAGACCUUAAGCAGCAGAUUGACCAAAUGCAGAAAAUUCUUUCCGUCCAAGAGCAAGGGAAGAAACUUUUUGGUCAGGCGAUCAAGGAGGCUAUCAGUAAGAACAGUGACCUGAUCAGAUUUCUGCUUGCGACUGCACGGGAUGGAAUGCACGAUCUGAACCUGGCGGUCAAGUAUGACCAAGUUACAAUCAGCCGGGCCUGCCGAGAUCGGAAGCACCUCAAAAUAUAUUUGUCCAAAGAAAACAUGGAGAAAGCUCGAGAGGUUUUAAGCAGUUACGUCUUCGAUCGGAUGAAUGUGCAUAACUUCUUGCUGUAUGAAGUGCAGAGGAGGGGGGAGCUCUUGCAAGAGAUGCAGCUGAGAUUGCAACGGCUGAUGGAGUUGGAAACUGCCAGCCCUGAGGUUCAGGCCCAGUUGCAGAUAAUCCGUCAGCUGGAGAACGACAUUGAGAAGAUGCUUGUAAAAGUUGGCACUGGACAGAAGGCCCAUGCCUUGUACCAGAAGAUGGUGGAUUUGCUGAGAGAUGAAGUGGCUCAGUUACCUCUUCUAUUGGACAGCCUAGAGCAUAUGGUGGAGGUCUAUGAAGGGGAGCUCAAAGGCAUGCAUCUAAUGGCCAUAGACAGCACAGAGGCCAUGGAGGCUGCCAAGGCAGAGAUGAUGAAUACAGAGACCGAGUUACUUACUGAGAGAAAGUUCAGGGACAAUUCACUCAGCAGCCAGAAGAAACAGAUAGAAAGGAUCCGCACCAAGGAAGCCACUGAGAGACACAAAAAGAUGCUGGUCCGACGUGAUCUCGCUAUGGAUUUUCCCUCCCUGGGAGGCUGGGAAACGAAAGGUACAAAACUAGACGUUUCCAAGGCUCAGGUUGAGUACGAGGGUCUGGUGACCAGCGAGGUGGAAAAGAUCAAGAGUGCAGUCCAGUGUUCCCAUCUUUGGGAUAUUGCUGGGAGAUUCACAGCCCAGAAGAAGUCGGAGGAGAACCUGUGGCAGCAGAUUGCAGAGAGUGAGAAAAAACGCAGAGAUCUGAAGGCCCAGCUGAAGCAGCUGGAACUGGACCGGGCAGAGCUGAAAUUCCACCAGACCCAGAGCUCCAUCAGCUUCAGUAAGCUAUCAAAGGAGUUGCAGAAGAACCUGAAAAAGGAAGCAGCCAGGCUUCAAGAAGUGCAGUCUCGGGCAAUCAAGCACCAGGAGCUCCUACUCCAUUUCGAAAAUGGGGUUGAAAACCUCACCAUGAGGCUCUGUGGCAUCCCUGUUCCUGGCCAGGAAGAGUUCCGUAUGGACACCGGUGAUGUAUUUGACAAGCUGCAGUUCUGUGAAGUGAAGCUGAUGCAUCUGUUACAGAUAUUUAACACCAUGGCAAGUUUUGACUACAGUCAAGAUGAGACCAAUGAGACUUUUGUAGAAGUCAGAAACUUUCUAGAGGAAAGUACCAGAGAUCAGGAUGAGAACCUGAGGAUCACUUUUGAAGAGGAUGAAGAUGAUGUCAGAGAGGUCUUCAACUUUGCUGACAUUGACCACAGUGUUGUGCCCAACCGGGAUGAGAUCAAGAAGCAAGGCUUAAAACUCAUUGAAGACAAGACUAAGGUCACUAAGAAAAAGCAGAGAGGACCCAAUAAAAAAUAGUGGUU